AUGUUAACUCUGACUCCUGAAUUAUCUGUGUCCUACGAAGCCAAGAUUACGUUCAUAUCUCUUUCCCUGCUGGAAUUAGCAGUGGGGUUGCUGGCCAACGCCUUCAUUGUCUUGGUGAAUUGCUGGGAUGUGAUCAAGCAACGGCCACUGAGCAACUGUGACUUGGUACUGCUGUGUCUUGGCAUCACCCGGCUUUUCCUGCAUGGGCUGCUGUUUCUGGAUGCCAUCCAUCUCACAUUUCUGCAGCAGAUGAAGGACCCUCUGAGCCACAGCUACCAAAUCAUCAUCGUAUUCUGGAUAGUCACAAACCAAGUCAGCCUCUGGCUAAGCAGCUGCCUCAGUCUCCUCUACUGCUCCAAGGUCGCGCGCUUCUCCAAUGCCUUCCUGCUGUGCUUGGUAAGCCUGAUCUCCAGGAAGAUCCGCCAAUUGCUCCUUGGUGCUGUCUUGUUCUCCUGCACCUGUUCGGUCUUCUGCGUGUGGGAUUUCUUCAGCAGGUCUCACGUCACAAUCACUUCUCUGUUAUUCAGGAACAACACAGAGCUCAAUUUGCACAUGACAAACCUCCAUUUCUCAUUUUCUUUCCUUUUCUGCAACGUGAUCUCCAUUCCCCUGUUUCUGUCUUUUCUGAUUUCUAGCGGGCUGCUGAUUGCAUCCCUGAGGAAGCACAUGAGAACAAUGAAGACCCACCCCAGAGAUGCCCAAGACCCUAGCCUGAAGGCCCACAUCAAAGCCCUGAGGUCUCUGGUGUCCUCCCUCUGCUUCUAUGUGGUCUCAUUUGGUGCUGUCUGGAUCUCCGUGCCCUUACGGACAAAGUGGCACAGCAAGACAGGGGGCAUGGUCUGCGUAAUGCUGAUGGCAGCUUGUCCCACUGGACACGCAGCCAUCCUGAUCUCAAGCAAUGCCAAGUUGAGGAGGACUCUGGGGACUGUUCUACACUGGGUCCAGAGCUGA